AUGGGACCAGAGAAUGACACGCAUCUUUCAGGCUUUCUACUUUUGGGGAUUUCAGAGGACCCCAGGUUGCAGCCUGUUCUCUUCGGGCUGUUUCUAUCCAUGUAUCUGAUCACUGUGCUCGGGAAUCUGCUCAUCAUCCUGGCCGUCACCUCUGACCCCCACCUCCACACCCCCAUGUACUUCUUCCUCGCUAACCUGUCCUUCGUGGACGUCUGCUUCACCUCCACCACUGUCCCCAAGAUGCUGCUCAACAUCCAGACCCACAGCCAAGCCAUCACGUAUGAAGAAUGUAUCACCCAGACACACUUUUUUGUCCUCUUUUCAGGGCUGGACAUCUUUCUGCUGACGGUGAUGGCCUAUGACCGCUUCGUGGCCAUCUGCCAUCCCCUGCAUUACUCCGUCAUCAUGAACCCCUGGCUCUGUGGCUGGCUGGUGCUGGGGUCGUGGCUCAUCAACAUCACAGAUUCUCUUUUACAAAGCUUGAUGGUGUUGAGGCUGUCCUUUUGCUCACACUUGGAAAUCACGCACUUCUUCUGUGAACUGAACCAGGUGGUCCACCUUGCCUGUUCUGACACCUUCCUCAAUGACGUGGUGAUCUAUUUUGGUGUCAUGUUGCUAGUGUGCUUUCCCCUGGCCGGCAUCCUUUAUUCAUAUUCCAAGAUAGUUUCUUCUAUUCGUGCAAUCUCAUCUGCCGAGGGGAAGUACAAAGCGUUCUCCACCUGUGCAUCUCACCUCUCCGUGGUCUCUUUAUUUUACUGCACGGUCCUGGGUGUGUAUCUUAGUUCUGCGGUGACUCAAAAUUCGCACUCCAUUGCCAUAGCCUCGGUGAUGUACAGCGUGGUCACCCCCAUGCUGAACCCCUUCAUCUACAGCCUGAGGAACAAAGACAUCAAGAGUGCACUGAAAAGACUUUAUAUCUGA